UAUCAAUGAGCCGUCACCAUCACACAAAUACCUUUUUGAAAAGGUAGUGAAACUUGAUUUCUCAAGUUUCUUGAAAUUAUUUAGCCCACUCAAUUCCAGCUCCAUGGUAACCUAUAAAUCUUGUGCCUCACUGGACAGAGGAAAUGUCAGUCAUGAUAAUUCUUCAGGACAUUACCAUGGUUACUAGAACCCAGUGCUCCGGAGUAGACAUUCUGAGAAGGAGGAGGCGCUAAGAUGGCUUUCUUCAACUUAUAUCUAUUAGGAUACCAACAGUCCUUUCGGUCUAAAAAGAGAAACGGAACCAAAGAAACAAACAAGAAGGACGGAGUGUCUAUGUUUCCCCCGAUUAUCUCAACAGACGGUAAUGAUUCCGUACACCAGAAUAGCCACCAGAGGUACCAGGAAGCUGUACGGAAGACGCUGUUAAAAACAUUCCCCAAUCAGGUCUUCAGAGUCCCAGUGACUGAUGCUCAGAACUUCAGCUUCUGGCGGCCCCAAAAUCCAGGCGUGCGUCCAGAGGAAACCAUCCCAUGGAUGCAGGGUCCACGCCAUUGUCUCAUUAAAAGCCCAAUGACCAGAUACAUGGAUCAUUAUCUUCUCAACGAUAAGAACUUCACUCUAUACUGAGGAGGGUGCACGUUCUGGAAGGAUGGGCACGGAGGGGUGACGAUGGCCCAGUCCUCAGGCUGAGACGAGAAGCGGGAGUAGAGGAGGAGGAAGCACAAUAAACAA